AAAAACUACAAUCCGCCAUGAAUCAAUGACGCGCUAUUGCCUUGCAUCAGCGCGUGUGCGUGGAUCUUACCUACCGGCAAAGUUGUCACAUUUUAGCCACUUGAGCGUAUUUAAAAGUCGACAUUUCCCCAAACAAGUCAUAAGUCAACGGCCAAAUGAAGCUAUUUAUUAGCGAAGGCAACCCGCACUGCCUAAAAGUGUUAGCUGCUUUAGAAGAAGCUGGAGUGCAGUGUGACGUCCAGUUUGUCAACCACGAAGAAAAUCUUGUGCCAUUCCUGAGUCGUCCAUCUUUGCCAGCCCUGCUCCUUCCUAAUGGACAGCACCUUUUCAGCCCCAAUGCCAUUUGCCGAUACAUGUUUGAAGUGAGCGGACAAGAGUGCAGCGAGGCUUGUGAUCAGUGGCUCGAAUGGGAAGCCACAGAUCUCCAGCCUGCCCUCCUGCAGGCCCUUCAUAUGGCGGUGCUUCAGGGGAAAGAAUUGGAGGCCACCAAAGUCCUCGCAGGGCCCCUCAGCUACUUGGAUCAAAGCUUGACCAAGGCGAACACACCGUAUUUAACUGGGGAUGUUGUUUCGGUGGCUGAUCUUGUUGUGUGUGCCGCGCUGCAUCCGAUUUUGUCCGCACCAUCGCUCGCCUCAGGUGACCACAAGUCUGUGAGGCUUUGGUUCGACCGUGUGGCCGCCUCACAGAGCUGCGUGUCGGCGUCUCACAAAGUGCUGCAGGGAAAAGGCCUGCAGGCAAUGAAGAGCUUCAUGCAGAGGCAGCCUGCGCCGCAGAGCGGCCAGAGCAGAGGCGGCACGCAUCCUUGCAACAGCGGCCCUGCUGAGGAUGAGGAAAGGGAACGUGCGGUGUCAGAGGAAGAGAUGGAAGCUGCUGCUCUCACGUGGAACAAGGGUUUCAAUGCCUCCGCAGCAGCCACUGAGAGGCUCCACCCGAUUCUGCCACAGGAGGGCAAACGAAACAUCUUGUUGACCAGCGCCUUGCCCUAUGUCAACAACGUACCCCACCUUGGCAACAUCAUUGGCUGCGUUCUUAGCGCUGACGUCUUCUCCAGGUACAGCCGACUGCGAGGCUGGAACUCGCUGUUUGUGUGCGGCACAGACGAGUACGGCACGGCCACAGAAAACAAAGCCCGUGAAGAAGGCUUGACGCCGCAGCAGAUCUGUGACAAAUACCACGCCAUUCACGCCAGCAUCUAUGAGUGGUUCCAGAUUGAUUUUGACUUCUUCGGCAGGACCACCACUGAGAAGCAGACGGAGAUUGCCCAGAACAUUUUCUGGAGGCUCCAUGAAAAUGGCUUCCUGCUGGAAGACGUGGUGGAGCAGCUACGGUGUGAGCAAUGCCAGCGUUUCCUGGCUGACCGCUUUGUAGAAGGCAUCUGCCCCCACUGCAACUACCCUGACGCCCGUGGCGACCAGUGCGACAAGUGUGGGCGACUCAUUAAUGCAGUGGAACUCAAGGCACCUCACUGUAAAGUCUGCAGGCAGACUCCAGUCAUCCGCUCCUCCAAACAUCUUUUCUUGGACCUGCCAAAGUUAGAGGGUCAGUUGGAGCAGUGGCUGAACAAGUCCACCAGCAGCGGAGACUGGACAGCGAAUGCCAAACAGAUCACUCGAUCCUGGCUCAGGGAUGGACUCAAACCUCGCUGCAUCACCAGAGACUUGCGCUGGGGAACACCAGUUCCGCACCCAGACUUUCAAGAAAAGGUGUUCUAUGUGUGGUUUGAUGCCCCGAUCGGUUAUGUUUCCAUCACUGCCAACUAUACAGACAAAUGGGAACAGUGGUGGAAGAAUCCAGGGCAGGUGGAGAUGUAUAACUUCAUGGCCAAGGACAACGUGCCAUUCCAUAGUGUGGUGUUUCCCUGCUCCCUCCUGGGAGCUCAGGACAACUACACACUGGUCAAUCACUUGAUUGCCACUGAAUAUCUGAAUUAUGAAGAUACAAAGUUCUCAAAGAGCAGGGGCAUCGGCGUGUUCGGCGACAUGGCCAAGGACACGGGCAUCCCGUCCGACGUGUGGCGCUUCUACCUACUCUACGUCCGUCCCGAGGGACAGGACUCGGCCUUCUCGUGGGCCGACAUGGCUCUGAAGAACAACUCUGAGCUGCUCAACAACUUGGGCAACUUCAUUAACAGAGCCGGCAUGUUUGUUUCAAAGUUCUUUGAUGGCUGUGUGCCCGCGAUGGAGCUGCUGCAGGAAGAUAAGAAGCUGCUGGCUUUAGUGGGCUGGGAGCUGCAGCAGUACAUCCAGCUCAUGGACAAAGUCAAAAUCCGUGACGCUCUGAAGCACAUCCUCAACAUCUCUCGCCAUGGCAACCAGUACAUCCAAGUAAAUGAACCCUGGAAGAAGAUCAAGGGAGGAGAUGCAGAGCGGCAGCGUGCGGGCACUGUCACUGGCGUGUCCAUCAACGUCGCCUGCUUGCUGUCUGUCAUGCUGCUCCCCUACAUGCCGGCGAUGAGCCAAAUCAUCAGGGAUCAACUCAAUGCGCCUUAUUCUUGCGUCAGUGCCAUGCUACAUGGCUCGGGCGCCUUUACACGUGUCCUUGACCCUGGCCACCGCAUUGGCACCGUGAGUCCAUUGUUCCAGAAACUGGAGGUGGAGCAGAUUGAAGCUUUGAAGAAGAGAUUUGGUGGACAGCAGCCUGAAGAUGAAUCGCCGAACAAGAAGCCUCAGACGGCGACUCAAAACGCUGCCAACCCUCAGUCGGCUGCGACUCUGCCCACCCCUGCGAUCGAGGUAAACGCUGGAGCCGACCCGGAGAAAGCCCGGCAGCUGACGCAGGCUGUGGCUGAACAGGGAGAAAAGGUGCGUGCUCUCAAAGCACAGAAGGCCGACAAGGCAACGAUUAUGGCAGAGGUGUCCAAACUGUUGGAGCUGAAGAAACAGCUGGCCCUGGCAGAGGGCACAAGCCCCGAGCCCACACCCGUCAAGGGCAAAAAGAAGUGAGACAAGCGGGCGAGGCAAAAAAAAAAAAAAAAAAAAGGCACAAAUGGUGAGGGUGGUUCGCGGUAGGGGCUGGGGGGACAAGUUGGAGGUGCAAUAGCAGGAGAAGGGGAACAAGAUGUACAUGGCGAGAUGAGGCUUUUCGCCAAAGGCAAAGCCGUGACGGGAUCUGAGACAACGCGGCGUUGGCACCAAGGGCUAAUGAAAUGCUAGCGAGGCUGGCGGGGAAUUGAAAACACACAAAGGGAUCCAAAUGAAUUCAACAGAAUGGAGGGAUUUGGG